CAUCAGCUGUGUCGUUGGUCGGAUGUGCAAAAUCGUUGUGGAAUACGUGCGCGAAAGUACUAGGAACAAUUUUUGAGGUUACAUUGGACAUAAGUCAUCUGUGUUAUCUGAGUUUGACAAUCGAGCGGAUAGUGGAGAUGUUUCGGUAUUAAGCCGUAUGUGCACCUCUAGCAAAAGGAACCAGCUGCAUUGAUGAUCUUGAGCUUAAGGCAAAUGACGAGAUGUGGAAUUGAAUUGAAAUCAGCAUGCGUUAAUGUGUUAAUGUAUUUAUUGAUUGGACGAGUGACGGUUUGAAAGUUUGCCUCAAUGAGUGUUCAUGCCUUCACAUAUUACCCGAAUUGAUCAAAUAUUUCUUAGUGAAUUGUCAAGUGUCUCAUAAUGAUUUGAAGUGGUGUGUGUAUGAAAUGAUUCAGAUUGAUUCUUGCCCGACGGCCGCCGCUGUUUAAUCGAGAAGAAUUCGUAAUUGAUGUAUAACUGAGAAGAUUUCUGAUUAUACUCUCAAGCAGAAUUCAUCCGACCUCAGUUCCGGAAAAAUCGUGCCAAACCUACGGGACCUGAAACCAACUAGAGUAGAGCACUAGAGACACAUAGUGGCAGAAAUUCUACUUCAGCACUGGGUUUGCGACAGAUAUCAGAAAAAAAGCACAUCCCACAUUCUUCUGCCAACUAGCGUAAGCCGGUCGGGAGAGAAAAUGUAAAAUAAUGCAAAAACAGUCAAGAUGACGAUAAAACUUCACGAGUGCAAACAUAAACAUCAUCAUAAACAUCAUCACAGUGACAGCAGUCGUAGAAUUAAUUUCCCUCCCAGUACAGUGGUUGACAGUGGUGCCGUGUGGCGGGUGAAACCGGAAAAGGUGGUAACUAGUGCAGAUUAUGACGAUGGUGAAGGUGAGCUAGCGAAAUGUGACGCAGCCUCGAAGCUGCUGGAAGCCGUGCCCCAAGCAGAUUUCCCUUUUUCUGUACGGGACGGGAUUGCAACGGGCACUAGUGGUUCCAACCCAUGUAACUGUGAAGGUCAAUCACUAACAGUACGGUCACGACGGGAACAACAGUGCCACAUCCAUCAGCAGAACAGCAGUUGUAGCCAUCCAAUUAGUUUUAGUAUAAAGUUCUUUCGUUCACAAUUACUACAAACUGUGGUCGUGUUGUACAUAGCACUUGUAGUAAUUAUAGCAAAUGCAGUGGCAGCAUUUGAGCCUGAUUUUGUAUACCCACUGGAAAAUGUUACGGUAGCAAAAGGACGUGACGCCACGUUUACGUGCGUCGUGAAUAACCUUGGUGGUUAUAGGGUGAGUGGGGAGGCAACUCCUGCCAGGGUAGCGUGGAUAAAGGCGGAUGCGAAAGCGAUCCUGGCAAUCCAUGAGCAUGUGAUCACCAAUAACGGACGACUAUCGGUGACACACAAUGACUACAACACCUGGACACUGGUGAUACGAAAUGUCAAGAUGGAAGACCGGGGGUUGUACAUGUGCCAGGUCAAUACCGAUCCGAUGAAAAUGCAGACUGCAUUUCUAGAGGUUGUGAUCCCACCGGAUGUCAUCUACGAAGAGACAUCCGGGGAUAUGAUGGUUCCAGAGGGCGGCUCGGCCAAAUUAGUGUGCAAAGCACGUGGCUAUCCGAAACCGAAGAUCAUCUGGCGAAGAGAGGAUGGGCGAGAGAUAAUCGCACGUAACGGCACUCAUGGGAAGAUGAAAGCCACAAUCGUGGAAGGUGAGAUGCUAUCGCUUACAAAGGUGACACGCUCGGAAAUGGGUGCGUACAUGUGCAUCGCGUCAAACGGUGUUCCGCCAUCCGUUAGUAAGCGGAUGAAACUGCAAGUACAUUUUCAUCCUUUGAUACAGGUGCCGAAUCAGCUUGUUGGAGCCCCAUUAGGAACCGAUGUCACGGUAAUUUGCAACGUUGAAGCAUCACCGAAGGCAAUUAACUACUGGCAACGGGAAAACGGUGAGAUGAUAAUCUCUAACGAUCGUUACUCGAUGAAUGAAAAUGAAAGCUCAAUGUACGCAGUUCAGAUGACUCUCGUUAUACGGAAGUUGCACAAAGCCGAUAUGGGAGGUUACAAAUGCAUAUCGAAGAACAGUAUCGGUGAUGCCGAGGGUACGAUUCGAUUGUACGAGAUGGAGCUUCAGAAAAAAACCAAAUCGGCACAUAGACUGAACAGCGUUGAGGAUUCUUCUGUUAAUGAUGAAAUCAACUCUACGCCAAACAUUGACCUACCCGAGGAGAAUAAUAAAAUCCAUAAGAACGGACGUCUGUACAAGGGUCUGCAAGGUACGGAGCAUGAUCUGAUGAGUUCUUCUGGUGCAGCUGGAUCCAUUGUUAUUGGCGGAACUCACCCCUGCCUGCUUAAUCAAUCAUCGUGGUCCGGCGGGAUGAAGCUCCUAAUUGUCCUGCUGCUGCACCUACGCCGAGUGCUAAUUCGGCUACUGCUGCGAAUCUUGAAAACGGUACAACAUACGAACUGUUGGCACCGAUGCUGCAGUGCCAUCAUCCGUUUGUCGACGGUACUGUUUAACUCAUCGUUGUGAUUGCCGCUGUUAACCCUGCUGAUUGGUGUGCGUAUGAGCUAUGUGUAGACCUGUUAGUUGUGUAAAUACCAUGGACUGUGUGCACAAGUUCUUUCCAUCUGCGACAGAAAUUGUUAUCAUUAAUAAAUUGAGAUAUCCCGGUGAGACUGCUCAUCACUAUCCAACCCAAUGUGCGAGGAACUUGCGACUGUUUUCCACAACUCUUCCGCUAGCUGCUUCUACACGCUGGCUCAAUCAUAACAUGGUCAAAGAAAUAAAUAACUGUAUAUUUUAAAAGUAUGUGCCAAACAAAUAUUUCAAAUAGGUGAACAGGUGAAGACAGUAUCGUUAAAAACCAUACACACACGUUCAUACAAACUAUAUUCAUAUUCAGUACGAAUAUUAAACCGCAUCAUUUUAUGAAGUAUUAUGAAUGAAAAAUAUGAGAGUGUAUGACAUAUUAUAAAAAAGUUUUUAUUAAGAAUAAAAAUGUGGCGCUUAUUGUUACGACGUAAAGAGAUAGUAAUUAUAACAUAUUUCAUGUCAAAGGCACAUAUUUCAACAUCUGUUGAAACAAUGCUGAACAAUGGUAGAUAAACAACAUAAAUAAAUGCAACCAUAAAAAUUUAGCCAAUUGACGGAAAAAGUAUAUUCCCGCUAGAAAAAAGAAUUACUAUACCAUUGUUUAAAAUGAUUCGGCAACGAAGAACACCUACAAUUGAAAUGCAAAUGUGUUAUAAAACACAAUGAAAUUGUAAUACAACUGUAUCUGCGAUUACAAAUUAUGUAAAUACGAAUAUCUGUAAGAUCGUCAUGAUACACUAGAACCGACAACAAAUAACAUGAAAUAAACGAUUUGAAAAGUUAA